CUUGUGCAGGACUGUCGCCCAAUUUGCUUUCAUACGACAUCGCAACGGCUGAGCCCCCAACUCAACCGCCACGUGGGCAUCCCACGACUUUUGACUCGUCGGCGGCGAACCCCGGCCGGCCGGCGGCGCCACAUGAGCAGGAACCACGCCCCCAAGUCCCUCGCCGUCCUCCUCCGCGCCCGGAUGUACCCUGACGCCGUCGGCCCCGCCCCGCCGCCCCCCGCUCCGGCGGCCUUGCCCCCCGACCCCGACCCCGACCCCGCCGCCUCCGUCCGCCGCUGGCUCCACGCCUCCGUCUCCCCCGCGGUCUCCCCCGCCCCCGCCGCCCUCGACCGCUUCUCCGACGGCUACCGCUCCCUCGACCGGGGCGGCCGCCGCGAGAUCCUCCGCUCCCUCGCGGCCGACUACGACGUGCCCCGCGCGCGCGUCCGCGACCUCAUGCGCCAGUACCUGAGCGCCGCCACGGCGGCGGGGGAGAAGGAGGAGGAGGAGCACCAGGAGGCGGCAGGGGAGGAUGGGGGAGGUGGCGGCGGCUCUGCGUCGGCGAUGUACCGGAUGGAGAGGGGGCUCAGGGAGGCGCUCCGCCCCAAGUACGCCGGGUUCCUGGAGACCAUGAACGCGCAGCCCGGUGGGCUCAAGCUCCUCGCCGUCAUCCGCGCCGACCUCCUCGCAUUGCUGGGGGAGGAGAAUGUGCCGGUGCUGCGUGCAUUGGAUGGGUACCUGAAGGAGAAGCUCGUGACUUGGCUCAGCCCGGCGGCACUGACUCUCCACCAGAUAACUUGGGAUGAUCCGGCCUCCUUGCUAGAGAAGAUCGUGGCAUAUGAAGCUGUGCAUCCAAUCAGGAAUUUGAUAGACUUGAAGAGAAGGUUGGGUGUUGGCCGCCGUUGCUUUGGGUACUUCCAUCCUGCAAUACCAGGAGAGCCACUGAUUUUCAUUGAAGUUGCCCUCCUCAAAGAUACGGCCACAUCUAUACAGGAAGUUUUGUGGGAUGAUCCUCCUACUCCUGAAUGCGAAGCUAGAUCUGCACUUUUUUACUCAAUAUCGUCAACCCAGCCAGGCCUAUCAGGUAUUAACCUGGGAAAAUUCCUUCUUAAGCGUGUGAUUGACAUGUUAAGAAGAGAUAUGCCUUCAGUACAGAUUUUCGCAACGCUUAGCCCAAUUCCUGGUUUCAUGCAAUGGCUUCUUGCUAAGCUGUUUUCCCAAAUGAAGUUAGCAGAGGCCGAGUCGCAGGAUGGAAAUUUAUCAGGAGUCACUUCCACUUUCAGAGAAUCCAUCCUUCUCCCAGAGGAAGAGAAGAUGAUACGUGACGCGGUUGGAGAAGUUGAUGGAAGAAAUGGAAUUGAACUUUUACAAGAUAUACUGAAAUCAAGUCAGUGGGUAAAGUCUGACAAAUUAUCUGCUGCGCUGAAGUCCCCUCUCAUGCGUUUGUGCGCAAGGUAUCUUGCCAGGGAGAAAAAACGAGGAAAAGCCCUAGAUGCUGUUGCAAAUUUUCAUUUGCAAAAUGGAGCAAUGAUCGAGAGAAUAAAUUGGAUGGCUGACCAAUCGGAGAAGGGCAUUCAACAAAGUGGAGGUAUCAUGGUAAAUUAUAUGUACAGGUUAGAGAACAUAGAAGAGUACGCAAUGUCAUAUUUGGGUACAGGGAUCGCUCAUACUUCACCUAACUUGUCGCUGUAUCUCGAGCCAAAGGGUACAUGAGUAGAAGAACAUUUCUGGAGUGGAAGUUUUGCAUCCGACGAAGGAUCAUACCAGUCAUUGGAUAUAAUUAACCAAGAUACUCUAUACGGACAGUAUGGAUAGCACACUUCUCCCCGGUCGUGGGCAUGUCCUGGUCAUAUAAUUGCUCGUCAUCAUGCAUAGCCGCGUGUAGUUUGUUUCUGAUUGGCCUCGCUGCACUGGCAGCAUUGUAACAGUAGAAGUUAAUAAUCGUUUUACCUUGUCCAUUCUCUUCUGUUCUGGUAAAUGUAACCGGGAGUUAGCUCACUCACAGACUCACAGUUAUGCGUGCUGUGCAUAUGAGUGCAAGAAGCAAUACCUCCUCCAUUCCAAAA